AUGAUUUUUACUUUAUUAACAACCCUUUUAUGUUUGGCCCUAGGUGCUGAAACAAGUUAAUUAGAACCUUUUAAAAUAAAAACUGAAAAUAUUUUACUUGACUGGAGUUCCAGAACAAUUUCAAUUGACUAAAAUAAUUUAAUACUUACCUAACACUUCAGAACUUAUGAAUCGCUAUAUUAGACAGAAUUAAUACUCCUAGAUAUUUAGAACAAUAAAUAAAUCAAAAGAGUAUUAGUAGGAAAUCAAGAUAAGUAAAAUUAUCACCCUUAAAUUAUUCUUAUCAACAAGUUUAUAUAUAUAGUCUAUGUCAAUUAAGACUUGAGUAUUGUGAAACUAAAGAUUAAAAAAUACGAUUUGGCUUUAGUAGAAUAAUAAGUUGAACACACCUUAGGAGAUUCAUUGGAAAAUGCAAAGUUUGAUAAAAAAAUGAUAUAUAUAAAACUAACAACAUUAAGUAACACAACCUUCUCAAUAUUUUGGAAAUCAAGAGGUCAAUCCCUAAAUGAAUAUCAAUGGAAUUAUAUAAAAUAUGAUACAACAUCAGAUAGCACAUCAAAUACCCUAACAUUUCCAGAUAGUCUUGAUAUUUCUAUAGCUUAAAAUCAAUUAGGAAUAAUUGGAAUAGUUUAAUUAAGUAAAUACAAUAUGAAUUUAACAAAAAUUGUGAAUGACUAGAUUACUGAUUAAAUUUAAACAAAAUGUCCAGCAGUAGUUUAUGAUACAACUGGAAUAUCCAUUAUAUCAUUACCAAACAACGAAUUUGUAAUAUGGCAAAACAAUUUCUUCUAUAUUUUUAUAAGAUUUGAUCAAAAUUUAUAAUAAAAGAGCUACCCAUAUAGCUUUAAUAAUUAAGAUGGAGAUUGUAUAAACCAGAACUUAAAAAGUUUUUUUUAUCUAGAUGAAUACAAUCUGUAUUUCGUAAAUUAAGGUUAUUAUUAAUUAUGUUUGUUUCAUUUAGAUCUUUCUAACUAGAAUUUUGAUUUAAUACAGAAUAGAAAAAUUUUAAAAAAAAAUUUCUACAAUGAAAUUCUUUCUCAAUCUAUUGAUAAGUUAGAUUUCAAUAAACUAUCAAUAAAAUGGCUGACAUACUUCAAUUACGAAUAUGAGUUGAACAGUAUAAAUUUAGAUAUGAAUAUAAAGCAAAACUAAUGCAAACAAAAUUGUAAAUUAUGUGAUCCAUAAUUUAAAUGUUUAACUUGUUUGGAAGGAUACACAUUAAUCAAUGUUAAAAAUGAGUGUGUUCCAAAAUGUCCUGAAAAUUGUGAUUUCUGUAUUAAUCCUUCAUAUUGUACAAAAUGUAAAGUUGGAUUUUAAUACUCAUCAGAUAAUCUUUGUAUCACACCUUAAGAUAAUUUCAAUGAUUUAAUUAUAAGUGAUGAAUAGGUACCAAAAGGAAAAGUAAAAUUAUAAGUCAUAGAUAACGAAUUUCUUAUAUUAUAUAGUUUACUUGAUAAUUUAAAACAAACAUAGAUUAUUUUAAAGAAAUUUAAUAGUUAAGGUGUUUAAAUCAAAUAAAUCAUGAUUGAAUAAUAACCAAGUUUAAUACUAGAUUUCGAUGUAUCAACAGGAUAUGAUCUAUCAAGUUUUCACAUUUUAAUCAAAUGGCUAACUGUUGAUUCUAUCGUUUAAAUUAUUGAUUACACAUAUGAUAUGGAAACAUUUUAACUCUUAAAUUAAAUAACUCUUAAUGUGUAAUCCUAAAUCUUAGAUGGUAAUAAUCAAAUUAAAAUUGUUUAAUUAAAGGAUUAUGGAGUGGGCUAUUUUUAUUUAACUUUUGAUGAACAAAACUAAUAUUACUAAUUUAAUUAUUUAAGAAUGGAGAAUGAUUAAAUAGCUUAUGAAUAUAAAUUAUUUUCAAACAGUAGAGAACUCAUAUCUUUAGAAACUUCAGUAGAUUAAAAUAUUAUUUACUUCAAUUUCACCACUACAGAAAUAUUUUAUUCAUUUAAAGUAGAAAUAAAUUAAAUAAAUCCUAUAGAUUCUUUUUAUUUACAAUAAAAUAGUGAAUAAGCUUAUCAAAACUUUUAUAAAUAAAAUUCAAUAUCAAUUUUUACAAGUUAUGAUGAAUAUCUUAAUAAAUAAAUAUUCAUGAAUUUUACUGAAACAUUUCCACCAAAAUUAUUAUAAGUAUCUUAAUCAAGAAGAAAUUUAAAAGAUUUUACUUUCAAAAAAUUUGGAGAUGAAAGUCUAAUCUUUGUUUGGCAAGCUUAUUCCAAUGUAGAAUAAUAAAAUCCUACAUAUUAAAUAUAUAUUUAAAGUGUCAAUCUUAAAAAAUAAGAACUAGCAAAUAUGAAGGAGAUGAUUUGUUCAAAAAAUUGUGUUUCUUGCGCAGAUUAAUUAUGCCUUCAAUGUCAAAGUACUAAAUAUUAAUUAGAAAAUGGCAAAUGUUUAUUAACUUGCGAAAGUAAUUGCUAAUUAUGUGAAAUUGAAAACUAAUGUUUACAAUGUGUUGAUGGUUAUUAUUUGAAUGAAUAUUUAAUAUGUGAUCAAACAUAAUCAUAACAAAUAUAUUGGUAAGAUAAUUACAUUUACUCUUAUAUUGCUUCUUAUAAUGAAUCAGUAUACUAAGUAUCAAUAAAGAAAAAUAAUUCAAAAUAUGAUGUUAUUUUUGAAGAAUUUAAUAGAUAAGGAUAAUCACAAUCUGGGGAAAUUUUGGUUUCAUCUGAUUUAGAUUACUUGAUUAUCCCAGUUCGUCCUAAAUUAAUUAAAGUUAACAAUUUGAUUGUAAUCUAAUAUUUAACAAAAGAUACAUCGAAUUAAAAUUGUCUAAAAUUUGUAAUCUUGGAUGACUCAUAUCUAUUAUACAAUAGUUUUCAAACACAAGCACCUUUAUAUAGUCUUGAGAAUUUAAUAGAUAUUAUAAUUACAGAUGAUCUCAUUAUGCAUGUUGUUUACCUUAGUUACUAUUAUGAUUAUUGGUAAGGAGAGUAUGUUAAUAUAUAAUAUCAAUAAUUUUUGGUUGGUAAGGCUAGAGCAGAAGUUGCAUUAAAUUAAAAGUCUUUAUAGAAUAUAAAAAUUGAUAAAUAAUAAAAGUUUAGAAAUUUAUAAAUCAUGAAAAAUUCAUUUUUAUCCAAAAUAACAUUCUCAUUUAUAUAAAUAGAAGACAAUAUAGAAACAUUGAAAAUAAUGAGUUUUAAUCCUAAUAGGUUAUAUCAUGAGGAGGUCUAGUAGUUAAAUUUAUAAGAAAAAUUUGAAUAUUAUUUGAAUGCAAAUAGAAUCUGGAUUGUUUCAUAUGAAAAGGUGAAUUCACAUUUAGUAAAAGUUAAAUUUUACAAUGAAAAUUAAGAGAUAAAAUAAGAACACAUAAUUGAAACUUAGAAUUAAUUAAGUUCCUUCUAAAUUUAAUUGUAGAAUCAAUAGAUUUAUUUUAUUUACACAGAAUAAAUGAUAACAUCCAAUUAUAUGAAUAUAUAAAUAAUGAAGUUUUCAUUAAAUGGAGAUAAUUUAGCUUCAAGAUAGAUUUACAAUAGUGAACUUAUAAUAUAAGAUUUGACAAGCUCAUCAUCAGAAGACAUGAUUUAUUUAACAUGGUCAUCCUUCAACAAUAAUAGAAUAUUUAAAGUAAGAUUAAAUACUUAAUUAAAUACCAUUCCAUUCGUUGAACAAAUAUGUAAGAUGAAUUGCGAAAUUUGUGAUAAGAACUAAGUUUGUUAAUAAUGUUCAAUUGGGUAUAAUUAUUCUGAAUUAGAGAAUAAGUGUGUACCAAUAUGUGCUGAAAAUUGUCAAUAAUGUUCAAAACCAUAUACUUGCGAUUUCUGUAACGGAAACUUUAAAUAUAUUAAUCAAAAUUGCACAGAUAUAACAAAUUUAGAUUUAGAAACUUCAAUUUGUGAAAAAUCUUGUUAUGGUUUACCUUCGAUGAUUGUAUUUACUGAUUCAACAAAAAUUAUUUCAUUCUAAAAAUUUGAAGACUCACAAUACAAGAUAAAUAUUAAUAAAUAUAAUACAAAUUUACAAACUGUUGAAUUAGAUUAAAAUUUAAUAAGUUAAACUUAAGAAAUAGCUUAUCAUUUGCUUUAUUAGUAAUAAAACAAUAUAAUUGCUUUAGUUUGGUUGACUGGAGCUUGUAAAAUUUAAUGCAGAUUAAUGAUACAAUUAUUCUAAUAAGAUUUAUCAGUAAUGACUAAUCCAUAUGAAUUGAGAAUAAUGAAGGUAGAAGUAAACUAAUUUAAUUUGAAAAUAAGCCAAUUUAAUAAUGAUUUGCUAUUAUUAUGGACAGAAAUAGAUACACUUGGUAACUCUUAAACAUUGUUAGGAUAAUAUAAUAUAUAAAAUGGAUUUUCGUUGAAAAUGAACAUUAAUGAAAAUUCUGGUGAUGUGGCAUAAUUUCCAAAUUUAAUUGUUUAAAGUGGUUAUUAUUAGAUAGUUUACCUUAAAAAUAAUUAUAUAAUCAAUGCAUUAAUAGUUGACGGAUCAGUAAACAGUUAUAGAGAACUUUACAAAUCAACUAAAUAGAUUACAUCUUUGGCUGUUGGAGGAUCUCCAUAUUAUGGUAUUUGUGCAAUUUGGGUAGAAUUGGAAGAUUAUGGUUUUACACUUUCAAAUAAUGGUGUAUUUGUAAAGUGGUUUGAUCAGAAUUUAAAUGUAGCAAGAUAGGAAUACCUUAUUUUAAGUAGUUCUUAUAGAAUUUCUUAACUAACUAUAAACUAAUAUGAAUCAUAGAUGCAAUUCUUUAUAACUAUAGUUAUUUAAGAAUUUGAUGGUUAAUAAAGACUUCGAUAUAAAUACCUACCCUAUUUUUAUCACGAAAUUAGGUAAUACGGACUUGAAUAAUUUUUACCGAUAAAUGUAUUAUCUCAAUUUACAGCUGACUAUGGUUAUCGUAUUUUAAUGAACUCAGAUUUAGUAAAUAUCUUGUUUUAAGGUGUUCUAAGUUAAACUUAGUAAUUAUUCUACUAUGAUGUGAAUUAUUAUUAUUUGAAUGAGCCUUAAGAUAAUUGUUUUUAAAAAAAUAGUAAAAAUGAAUGCCAAUUAUGUAAACAAGGAUUUUAUCUAUUUGAAAAUGAAUGUGAAAUAUAAUUACCAAAUCAUUGUGCUGAUGGCGAUGAUGGAAUUUGUGAAGUAUGUAAUGCAGGUUACAUGUUGACUAUUGAUAAUAUAUGUGUAUUAGAGAAUUUGAAAUACAAAGAAAUGAAAAUGAAUACUUAUCAAUUGUAAAGUAAAUAAAGAAUAACUACAUUUAAAAAUGGGGAUUAUGUAAUCUCUUGGUAUCGAAAAUACUAUGAAAAUUAAGGAACUGGAGUAUUCAUGUCAAUGUUUAAUGCCCAAGGAAAGAAAAUUCUAGAUGAAACAAGAAUUAGUUUAUCAUCUGCUGGAAUUUAAAUAUAUCCUGAUGUUUAGUCUUUUGAUAACGAUUAAUUCUGUGCAGUUUGGAUUGAAGGAGAUUUGUAAGUGUAGGGAAAAAUUAAAAUGUAAAGAUUUACUAAAGACUUUGUUAGAAUAGGAGAAGAAAUUGUUGUAUCAGAAAAUAUAUAAUUAAAAUAUGCUUAACGUUUUGAUACUCCUAUUCUGAUUUAAUCUAUUGUUAAUGGAUAUGUUAUUGUAUGGACAUAAAAUCAUUUCGAAUCAAAUAUCCUUGUUUAGAAAUUACAUGUUAAUUUUUAUGAUUUAUAAGAUAAUUAAAAAGCCACUUUUGUUUUAAAUAAUUAAGAAUCAAUUAAAAAUUCAGAGCCUGUUAUUACUUCAAAUAAUGAAAUCAUUGUUAUUGUAUGGUAAUCAGAUCUUGGAAUCAUUGCAAGCAAGUUUAGUCUAAACUAUGUUUAUAUCAGCUAAGAGAUUUUAUCAUCCAAUGGUCAAGCACCUUCUAUCAGCACUUUAAGUGAUAAUAAAUUUAUAAUUGCUUGGAGAGAGACUGCUAUCAAUAGCUUAGGUAUCAUGAAUCAAAAUAUCAUAUUUAGAAAAUAUACUUCAGAUUUGAGUACCUAUUUAUUUAGUAAUUAAAUUGCUAUUCCAAAUCAUAAUAUGAAUAAUCCUGAUGUUAUUGCAAUACAUAAUGGAUUUGCAAUCAUUUUUGAAAAUAGGCAUUCUAUGAUGAGUGAUCUAAGGAAUAUCAAAAUGUAAUUGUUUAACUUAGAUGGAUUAUACAUUUCAUAGAUAAUUGAUGUUUUCAAUGAAUGGAAUAUAUAUCCACAUCAUCCUUAAUUAACUGCACUCCCAUAAGGUGAAUUCUUAGCUUCAUGGACUUAAAGUUAAUUAUCAUUGGCUAGUCUUAAUGAUGAUAUAUACAUGAAGAGAUAUAAUAGCUAUGGUAUUUAAUUACCUUUAGAUACUGUUGUUUGUCCAGAAAAUUGUAAACAAUGUAACGAAAAUGCUAUUUGUCUCAUUUGCAUGAAUGAUUAUGUUCUGUUUAAUUCAGUCUGUUAUAGCUCUAUUCCUCAUUGUACAUCAUAUGCAACAGAUUCUAUUGAAUUAAAAUGUUAAACUUGUGAUACAGAUUACAAACUUGUUUCAAAUAUUUGCUUCUAAAUUAGUAAAUAUUAAUAAUUGAAUGUUGAGUUUGUUAAUGAUAUUAGUUCAAAGUUUUCUAUCAUCUAAUUUUAAAAUAAUGAUAUUUUAUUUAUUUGGAUACAAGAUGGAUAAAUAAAGUCCUAAAAAUUUGAUCAAUAUGGUAAUUAAUAUUCUGCCCCUAAAAAUAUCACUGGAUAUGAUGCAUUUAGAUAAAAUUAAGUAUUUGAUGCAUGUGCACUUGAAAAUAAUAAAUAUUUAAUAGCCUUUAUUUCUGAUUUUUCACAGCAUAUUAUUUUUGAAGUUUACGAUUUUUCAGAAACAUUAUUAUAACGAAGUGAGCAUCAUACAGGUGUUUAUUUAGCCUUUAGAUAAAAUCUCUUACAACUUAAAUAUUUGGGAAACAAUUAGGUAGCUAUUUUCUAUUAAGGAGCUUAUUCAUUAUAAUAUGAUUAGUAAUAUACUAUAUUUAUGGAAGUUUUCAAGUGUUACGCCCAAUAUAACGGUUUUUCAAUUGAGUUUAACUAAUAAAUUAAGGUUUUAUAACCUUAAACAUAGUUUUAUACCUAAAGUAUAGAUGUUGAAAUUAUUAAUAAUUAAAUAGAUGUAGGGUUAGAAAAUGAUUUAAAAUCUGAAAUAAGAUAUCUUUAUAAGACUUAUGAUUUUUAUGGCAAUCUUGUAAAAAUAUUAACAAAGAAUAAUGAUGAUUAUUAAGUAGAAUUUAAAAUUCUAGAAUUAGAAAAUGGAGCAUUGCUUGAAGUUUGGACAGAGAUUGUUUAUUCAAAAUAUGAAGUAUAUUAUGUAAUAAAGCUAAAUAAUAAAAAUUUAUUUGAACCAAAGAAAUUGUCAAUAAGUUCUGAACUAUAUAAACUUGAUUUGAAGACUCACUUAUUAAGUGAUUCAAUUAUAGUAAUUUGGAGAGAAGGUUCAUUCAAAUAUGAUAUGACAGUUAAUACAAAAUACAAUGCAGUUUUUAUAUCAAAAUAAAAUUAUUAACAAGUUACAAAUCCUAUUUAGCUCAAUAGUGUUGAUGUUGUAAAAUAAGGAUAGAAAAACUUUUUGAGAUUAAUUUAAUUAAGAAAUUUAGAUAUCGUGAUUGGUUGGAUAUCUUAUAAUUAUUAAGCUGAUUUAAAUGUCAUAUCUGCAGCUAAAUUAAGUUCAGAAGGGAAAGUCUUAGAAUUUAGUAAAUUUAGAUGCUCGAUUGGAUGUUAAGAAUGUACAAAUUAAGGUAUAUGCUUAUAAUGCUACAAUAAUGAUAAAUAUAUUUUAACGGCAGAUGGAAAUUGCAUGAUUAAGAAUGGAAAAUGUUAAAAUUAUCAAAGUGAUUGUUAAAUCUGUCUAAAUGGAUACUAUUAGAACAGAUAUCUUGAGUGUAAUGAAGUGCAGUAAAAUAUGGAAUCUGAUAUUCUUUUUACCAAUGGUUGGGUAGAAUAGAAUUAUUAGAGAAUUGCAAGUUAUAAAAAUGGCACUUUUAUUAUAGCUCAAUAUAAUUCAGAGACAUCACUUGGAAUUAGAGUUUUCAAUAAAGAAGCCAUUUUAACAAGAGAUUAUUAGAUGAUUCUUGAAAUGACUUAAGAUACCUUGAUAUCAUACUAUCAAAGAAUUAUGGACUUUGAAGUUAUUAUUGAUGAUAAUGAUGUUUUGACCUUUAGUUAUAUUACUGGAUUUUCAAGUUAUUGGAUUUAAUAUACAAAAAUAGUAAUUGAAUAGUAUGAUAAUUAAUUAAUAAGAAUAGGAAGUCAAAAAGAGAUGAAUUUUGAAAAAACUGUUAAUUAUGUAUACAAACCCAUUAUUACUCUCAAAAUCCUUUAAAAUAAUAUAAUUGGAAUGGCAAUUAAUAUGGAAUAAAAUAUAAUUUUAAGUUUACAUAAUUCUGAUUUUAGUGAAUUAAUUGGGAAUACUAUGAUCAAUAUGAUUAGAGCUAGUUAAACAUUUGAUUUUUCAUUAAAUGGAGAUUAUGCCAUAUUUGGUUAUGUAAUGGAUUAUUGUGAUUUUCUAUAUUAGCAAUGUUCUGUGAUAAAGGUUUAUAAUAAAUAUUUAAGUUUUAUUAAGGAUAUAAUUAUUAAUGAUGGCUUAAACUUAAAAAUAACUAAAAAUCUUCUAAAUUAAUUCAUAGUACUGACAAAAUCUUAAAUAAAUGUAAUUGAUAAAACAGCAAUAAUUAAAUCACAGACGAUAAAUUAUCAAUCAGCAUUGCCAUUAUAAUUGUUUACUAAUGAAAAUGAUGAAAUAGUUAUCUUAGCAUUAGUUGAUACACAAACUUAUAUUCAAAACAAAAUAUUGCUUCUUUUAUAUUUUAACAAUAAUGGGUAAUUAAGAACAGAAGUUUAAGUAAAUAUGAAGAAUGGUGCAUUUUUGAUUUAAAAGCUGUUUAUACUUUAAAAUUCUGAUGUUUCUAUUGUGUUUACAGGUUAAUCCUAACAUAAUGAAAAUUAAUUUAGACUGGCAAGAUUUGAUUAAUUUGGUAAAUCAUUAAGUACUUCUUUAAUAAUAUGUCCUCAAAAUUGUGAAGCAUGCUUCCAAAGUACAUCAUGUAACAUAUGUAAACCUGGAUAUAAUAGAAAUGCACAAACUUUACUAUGUGAGAAAAUAUGUACUAUUGAUGGUUGUUAAUCAUGUGAAUAAACAGAUUGUGAUAUCUGUAAAGAUGGCAUGUUCUUUAAUUUCGAUGGAAAAUGUGUAGCUCUCAUUUAGGAUCCAUCUAUAGAUGCCAAUCUUAGAUAUUCAAUUGAUUAAUAAUUUAAUUCUGAAAUAAAGAAAAAAGUACUCAAAUUUUCUAAUAAUGAAUUUGCUUUGGUUUAUGCAAGUGAAGUAGCCAUCUUUAUUAGAAAAUUUAAUGCCUAAGGAUAAGAAUUAAUGUAUGCUGAUCUAAAUGUAAGCCCAAUGAUUUAAUCCUUUGAUGCUACAAUCGUCAACAAUUAUAUAUAUAUUGCAAUUGUAUCCAUUCAAAAUCCACAAUCUUAUUAAAUAUAUGGCUUUGGUGAGACAAGUUCAUCAUUAAUAUAUUUGUUCGAAAAUUAUGUUCAAAAUUCCAUCUAAUCAAUCAGUAUUAAAGGAUUUAAAUAUAAUUACGUGAUCCUUGUUUCGUUCUUAUAAGACUAUUAUGAUUUUGGAUACAUGCAAUGCUUAACCCAAUCUCUUUACUUUUAUAAUGAAUAAAACUAAUUAUUCGAUUCUUUACUAAAUUAUAAUAAUCCUUCAUUACUAACAAGUGAAGAAUGCAAUUAAAAUAAAAUAAAGAGUUUAUAUAUUUAUGAAGAAAUGUUGUACAUAGUAAUAACUAAAUUUACAUCUGUUAGAGUAAUUACUUUAAAUAGUGUGGCAUACUUUUUAGGAGAGUACAUAUUUGAUUUACCAAAUCUAGAAAAUAUUGAAUUAGCUAUUGAUUCGGAAUAAAUCGUUAUUCUAUAUUAAUUUACUGGAUCUUAGAGUUGGAACUUAAGAAUAUACAAUACUUAAUUUGAGAUCUUACUCACUUAAGAAAAUUAUUUAAGAGGUGAUUUGAAUGUAAACAUGGUGAGUACGUCAUCAGGAAUUGUGUUAGCUUGGAGUUAGAAGAAGCAACAAUCUGUUGUUGAAUUUGCUGUUUUGAAUAAAUAAGGAUCAAAGAUUAAAUCUGAUUAUAUUAAAGGAUAAUAUAGUUUAAUACCUCUAUUAACUUUAUUAGACAAUUAAAUAGUCUGUUUAGUUUGGAAUGUUUGGACAAAUCAAUAAUUAUGGAGCUUAUCAUAUUCCUUAAUAGAUUCGAAUGGAUUAUUAAUUCAAAUGACCCAAGUCAUUUGUCCUCAGAAUUGUAUUCAAUGUUCUGAUUCAUCUAACUGUUAAUAAUGCGAAGUCGGAUCCGAAUUAAUAUAAUACUUUAAAGAGCCAAAUAUUCCUUAUUCCUAUUGUGUUAGAAAAUGUGAUACUUUCUGUUCUAUUUGUUAUAAUGGUAAAUGUGAAAGGUGCUAAAGAAAUUAUUAUGUAGAUUAAAGUGGAGUUUGUGUAUUAAAUGAAUUUGAAAAUAAAGCUAUUUAAAUAAAUGAAUUUACAGAAUUCAGUUAAAUAACCCCAGAUGCUGCCAAAUUUAAAGAUGGUUCAAUUUUAAUAGCAUGGACAAGCAACAAUGAAGAUGAAGAUAGCUGGGGCAUUUUUGCUUAAUUACUAAAUAAUUAAGGAUAGAAAGUUGGAAACAAUUUUAGAGUUAGUCAAAGUGUUUUUGGUGCAUAACAUAGUCCAUAAGUAGUAGUCUUAGAAGAUGAUACUGCUAUUAUAAGUUUUAUUGAAGGCAAUCCAGAAAAAGAAGCCAUGAUUAAGGGAUUAAGAUUCAAUAAUAAACUUGAAAUUGUUGGCAAUGAGCAAUUAUUCACUACUUUUAGUGUAGAUUACUUUGUUUUGAAUCAAUACUUUAUUAAUAAGAUAGUAAGUUUGAAGAAUGGAGGAUUUGCAAUAAUAUGGUAAUCUAAGAAUUAAAUUAAUACAUAAUUUUAUGAUUCAGCUAGUAAUUUGGUCCUGCAGACAACUAUUGUAGAUGUUCGAUAUUCUGGCUAAUUAGAAAUAGCUAUUACAACAACUGAAUUGGCUAUAUUAUAUAAGAACAUUCAAGAUAGAUUUUCAGUAUGUGUAUAUACAUAAGAUGGAGUAAUUAUAUCAAACUAAGAGAUUCUAGAUUGGAAUGAAAUUAAAGCCUAUUAAUUAAAUUUAAUUAGUAUUUAAAAUUACUUUGCUUUGGCUGCUAUAGUUGCAAUGCCUGACUAACAGUAAGUAAAACUUUAAUUAUACAAUAAUCAAUUCUCUCCAGCAGGCAAUCCAAUUGUCAUUACUGAGAAUUCAAAUUAACUCUACUAUUAUGAUUACUAUUAGGAAAUUGAGUUAUUUAGUCUAAAUGAUGGUGCAUUAUUAAUUUUAUCAGUGAAUAGAAAUAUUGUAAAAAAUUAUCGUCAAUUCUAUAUUGAUAUAAACUGGCAAGUGACUGAAUUGCUUCCGUUCGGAUUCAAUACUUAAGAAUAUUAUUUUUCAUAAUUUAGAAGAAUCCAUGCAAUAUCAAAUAUUAAUACUGAUCAAUAUUUCAUAAUUUGGAGUGGUUUUUCAUAAGAUAUUGAGUAUUACUACUUUGAUAGGUUGAGGACACUUGAAGCAACUAACAUUUAUAUUUAAAGAGUAUCCAAACAAUCACAAUUAGUUCCUAUUGAUUAGAUUGUUUGUUCUAAGAAUUGUGUAAAUUGUGAUACUCAAAAAACUUGUUCUUAAUGUUUGAAUUCCUUUUAGCUCUAAAAUUAAUAGUGCAUACCACAAUGUGAAAGCAAUUGCUUGUUUUGUAUUACUCCAAAGAUUUGUGAAGUUUGUUCAGAAGGCUACUACUAAAAAGUGCAAGGAAAAUGCUCUCCAAUUCCUUUCAAUUAUCAUGAAGCAGAGUUACUUAUGAAUUAUCCAUUAUAAAGUUUUAUUAUCGAAAUGGAUCUAUUAUCUAAUGGAUAAACUAUCAUCUACACUCAAUAAACAUUAUAUGAUUAAUAGAAAGAAAUCUUUAGUUUGUAUAUCUUUUAAAAUAAUGAAAUGGUAAAGCAAGUAACUGUUUUGACAAACACUAUAACAAAUAGUUACUAUAGAAUUUCUCCCUUUUAUAUAGAAGACAAUUAUUAUUUGAUUUUCCAUAUGGUAGAUGGUAUUAAAAUAAUAAAGUUUAAUGCUUAAUAAGAGGAAGUUUUGAAUAAAUUUUUACCUUUUGGUUCUCAGUUUGACUAUAUUGCCACAUAUAGUACUGUUUUCAAUCUAGUAGAAAACAAUUAAUAUUCUCUGUUGUUUUAUUAAGAGAAUAGAGGAGUCUAUAGAAUUUUAUAUGAUGAGGAAUUUAAUGUGAUUCAGCAAGAGUUAAUAUUUGAAAAUACUUAUAUGUGGUAUGGUAGUGGGAGAACUAAAAAUUAGCUCUAUAUAUAACAAAAUUCUGAAAAAUAUACAUUUACAAAUUCCUUAGUUAUCGAAUAAAGCAAAUAAAAUUGUCUUUAUUCAGAGAUAGAAAAAUAUUCUUCAUGUUAAAUUUUUUAACUUUCUAAUGGUAAUAAGAUUUAAAUUGUUCAUGGAACCCAAAGUCUUCAGUAUUAUGGUAUUUAUGGCUAAGAAAUGAAAAGUUAAGCAUUUUAUAGAAUACUGGAUAACUAGGAUGUACCAAUAACAAGUGAAGCCAUAAUUUUAGAUAACACAUUUUCAAGACAAAGCUUAGCCAGUGUAUUUGUAUUCUAAGAUUCAUUUACAAUAUUAAUAGAAUAGCCAAAUUAUUACACUUAUGAAAACGUUGAGGUAUAUGCAUAAAGAUUUGAUAAUUCCGGUAUGAAGAUUGGUGAACCAUAACUCAUAACAUUCAAUAAAGGAUGGUAGAGUAAAUUCUAUAAGCAAACAUCAAAUGGUUUCAUAGUUUUUUAGGAAUUUAGAAUAUAUGAUUCGAAUUUGCCUGACUCCUCUUAAAUAGCAACUAUAUAUUAUAAACAAUAUGAUACUUAAGGUAAUGUUGUAGUUUGGAGCACAAAGAAAAAUUGCAUAGAUAAUUGUGACAAAUGCAUAAAUUCAUAUUACUGUGAGGAAUGCAGUGUAAAUUAUGAAUUGGAUUAAAGUUAUAAAUGUAAAUUAACAUGCUAGAGUAAUUGUAAUUAAUGUUCUAGCUUUACUAUUUGUGAAGUAUGUGAUGCUGGAUAUAAAUUAGAAAAUGGAUUAUGUACUAAGAUUGUAUGUACUAAUAACUGUGCUUAAUGUAUGGAAAACACUACAUCUCCUACAGGAACCAUCUGCACAAUGUGUGAUACUAAUUACUACCUUAGUAGUGAUAGUUAAUAAUGUCUUCCUUAAUGUCCUUCUAAUUGUAGUUAAUGUAAUAUUCCACUUGAAUGUGAAACUUGUGCUUUUGGUUAUAUUAUAACAACUGACAAAAAAUGCUAACAAGAAAAUUCAUCUAUUCUUGAUUAAAUCAAAAAUACAACUGUUGGAACUCCUCUUGUUGCUACAUUUCCUGAUGGCAGUUACAUUCUUUUAUGGUAUUAGAAUGGAGAAAAUGCAGGUGUUUAUUUCUAGUUAUAUUCUCCUGAUAAUGUCAAGGUUGGAGACCCAAUGAAAGUUACUCAAAACACUAGAAGAUUAUUGAGUUAACAAUCUAUUAUUUAAGACUAUUAUGCAGAUUUAAUAGCAAUUGAUUAUGAAUUCUUUGUAACUUGGAUGGAUGCUUCAGCUGAAUAAACAGAUGUUAACUUGAAAAAGUUUUCUUCUGAUGGAACAUCUCAAAGCGAAAAUAUUUUAUUAGGAUCACAUAAAAAAACAGAUUUACAAGAAAUUAAAUUACCUUGCUAAAUUAAAAAGACCAAUAAUAAUUCAUUAUUAAUUGCAUAUAUGGCUAAAAGUGAAAAUGAAGAUUACUCAAUGUUUAUUUCAUCAUAUGAUUCUGCUUUAAAUAGUAAAACAAAUGUUCAAGAGAUUAAAAAAGUUAAUAAAUUAGCUGCUCCAUCUAUUGUCUAAGAUGAGAAUGGAAUUAUCUCAUUAACUUAUCAAAGUGAUGGGUAUGUUUUUGUUUAGUAAAUAACUUAAGAUGGUAAUUUGAUUGAUUCACCAAAAGCUAUUGCAGAUUCAGAUUCAAUCAUUUUAAGAGUUACAAAUUUAAAUAAUGGAAUCAUGGUAUUCUUAUGGGAAAAUAAAAACUUAUAACUUUCUUAACCUCAAUUCAAUUUGAAUUAUUAACUAAUUUCUAAAGAUUUAAAAACAAGAAGUGAGGUUAAAAGUGUUGGUGAUAUCUAGAUUGCAUCAUUAACUCCAGAUAUUCAAUCAUUCAAUGAAGGAUUUAUAAUUGCUUGGAAAAUUACUGAUAAUAAUUAUAAAUCUAUUGGACUCCAAUUUUAAAUCUUUGAUUCUCUAGGAAUAUCCAGUACAUAAAUAACAGAAGUAGAAAUUGAAGGAAUUUAUCCUUAAACUCCAAGAAUUUAAAUAAUCAAUGAAAAUUAAUUUGCUGUGACUUGGACUGCCAAAAAUAUUGAUUCUGAUGGAACUAUUCUUGGAGAUGGUAUUUUUAUGUAAAAGUACAAUAAAUAUGGUACAUUAAUAACAGACUCAUCUUCUUCCACUGAUCUUUGCAGUUAUCAAUGUCAAAGUUGUUAAUCCCCACUUGUCUGUCUAAAAUGUCAAUAUGGCUUUUAUUUAGAUAUUAAUAAUUAAUGUAUUAUGGAUUGUGGAGCAUUCUGUGAUUCAUGUGAAAUUCCUUGGACUUGUUAGGUUUGCAAAAAUGGCUAUCAAUUAAAUAGUAAUGAUGCAUGCAUCGAAACUGAAUGUCCUUAAGGUUACUUUAGAAAUAUCAAUAAUAAACUCUGUGAACCUGAAUGUCCUGAUGAAUGUAAUGAAUGCACUGUACCUAAUAUUUGUGCCACUUGCAAGAGUGGAUAUUCCUUAUCUGAUUCCUCAUGUAUUUCUAGCACUGUCAUGGAACUUGAUGAUUAAUCAACUAUUAUGGCCAUUGUUAUUAUUAUCUUAGCAGCUGCAUUCGUAAGUGUUUCAGCUUGCUCUAUCACCUUAUAUUGCAAAUACAAAAAAUUACUUAAAGAACCAAGUCAUUGUCAAGUACAUCCAAUCUAAGAUAUUAAUAAGAGUGUUACUGCAAGUUGCAAUGCCAGUGUUAUCAGAUUGAGAUAAAAUGAAUGACUAAUAUUUCACAUAUUAACAUC